CAUUGGGAGAUUGUAUCGAGACGGCGAAUACGCAGAACGUUUGCCAGUGUUACACAGUAUUGAAGAUACAAUGAUCGUGUCAGUCAGGAAAUUCGUAUUAAGUUUAUUUUUAGUGAACUGUUUAGCUUAUAGAGCCCCGGCACCGCUUAUUAAAACUGUGCAGAGAGGCGGCACGCACUUCGAGGGCCCCCAUUGGUCAACAGCUGAGAAUGCACUAUAUUGGGUCGACAUCCAUGACCAAAAGGUGUAUAGAUUCGAUGCAGAGACGGCUAAUAUCACCUCUAAAUCAAUAGGUUACGGGCCAGUGUCAUUAGUGGUAACAGUGAAGGACUAUCCAAAGCUGGUACUAAUAGGAGUGAGGACAGAAUUAUAUUUCUUACCCUGGGACGCGCCUGAAGGCGACAGUUCCCUCAGAUUGUUGAGUGCCGUGGAUUUAGGCUUGCCGGACAACAGGUGCAAUGAUGGCAAAGUUGACGCGAAAGGAAGACUUUGGUUUGGUACAAUGGGCAAAGAAGUGAACAAUAACGUCGACAAAGAUCAGGCAACUCUUUACAUGAUGGAUGAGCACAAUUACUUGGACCCCAUGGAGAAGGUCCGGCCGGUGUCCAUCUCCAACGGGAUCGCGUGGACAGCCGACAACAAGUUCAUGUUUUACAUAGACACGCCGACUAGAAAUAUAGACGUUUUCGACUUUGAUCUCGAAGAAGGAUGCAUUCGCAACAGGCGGACACUAUUUAGCUUCCAAGCCAACAAUGUAACUGGAUCACCUGAUGGAAUGACCAUUGAUUCUGAUGGCAAUCUGUGGGUGGCUUGCUUUGAUGGAUGGAAGGUUAUCAAGAUUGAUUCACGAGCUGGCAAGCUAUUGGAACAGCAUAGGUUACCAGCGGCUAAAGUAACAUCAGUCAUGUGGGGUGGGCAUGACCUAUCUACGUUGUUUGUAACCACCAGCAAGGUCGGCCUCUCUCAAGCUGAACUGAACACACAGCCUGAUGCGGGCUCGCUAUUCGCUAUAGAAGGAACUGGCUCAAAAGGAUUGCCCGAAAACCAGUUUAUUUUUGCUAAUGCUGCAGAUUAUUAGAUAUACUGCUUAUACUUAUUGAUAUAUUAUUAUGUUAUUUAAAAUAAAUUGGUUUGAUACCCUUUC